GUUGGAACAAUUUCUGCUAAUGGAGAAAGAGAAAUUGGUGAGCUAAUUGCAAAGGCUAUGGAGAAAGUAGGCAAAGAGGGUGUUAUCACAAUUCAAGAUGGAAAGACACUAUUUAAUGAAUUGAAAGUGGUUGAGGGGAUGAAGCUGGACAGAGGUUACAUAUCCCCAUACUUUAUUACAAAUCAGAAAAACCAGAAAUGUGAACUGGAUGACCCACUCAUUUUAAUCCAUGAGAAGAAAAUAUCAAGCUUAAAUGCUGUUGUGAAAGUUUUGGAAUUAGCUUUGAAGAGGCAAAGACCUCUUUUGAUAGUUUCGGAAGACGUUGAAAGUGAAGCUCUUGCAACUCUUAUCGUUAACAAACUUCGAGCUGGAAUUAAGGUUUGUGCUGUGAAAGCACCUGGAUUUGGUGAAAACAGGAAAUCUAAUUUGCAAGAUCUUGCUGUCUUAACUGGAGGCCAGGCAAGUGCAUUUCCAAACAUUGAGGAGCUCGGAAUGAACCUUGAAGAUGUCGAGUUGGACAUGUUGGGCUCAUGCAAAAAGAUUAGGUCCGCAAUUGAAUUGAGUACUUCUGAUUACGACAAGGAGAAGUUGCAAGAAAGGCUCGCAAAACUUUCUGGCGGUGUAGCUGUCCUCAAGAUUGGAGGUGCUAGUGAGGCUGAAGUAGGUGAGAAAAAGGACAGGGUGACUGAUGCUCUAAAUGCCAUGAAAGCGGCUGUAGAAGAAGGAAUUGUUCCUGGUGGAGGUGUUGCUCUGCUCUAUGCCUCGAAAGAAUUGGAUAAGUUGCCAACUGCAAACUUCGAUCAGAAGAUUGGCACACCUGUUUACACUAUUGCAUCAAAUGCCGGUGUUGAGGGUGCUGUUGUAGUGGGCAAGUUGUUGGAGUCGGACAACCCUGAUCUUGGAUAUGACGCGGCUAAAGGUGAAUAUGUUGAUAUGGUGAAAGCUGGAAUUAUUGACCCACUGAAAGUUAUUAGGACUGCCCUUGUCGAUGCUGCUAGCGUGUCGUCGUUGAUGACAACUACAGAAGCAAUUGUGGUGGAGUCCAAGGACGAGAAGGCGGCCGCACCAAUGGGCGGCGCUGGUAGCAUGGGUGACAUGGACUACUGA